AUGGCCGCCGUUAGCACCUCUCCGCCUCAUACCAUGACUACUGCCCACGGCGAUCAUCACGAUCACACUUCCCGGCAUGGUUAUGCAUUGCCUCCCGCAGACGCUGCCCCCAGAAAAACUGUCGACGCUCCCUCACUGGGGGGAGGCAGUGCACGAUUACGGGACACACCGGCCUCUCCUGUGAGGGUCAACUUUCAGGCCGAGAACUGGGCCCAACCGUCAAAUGCCAAUAUUGAACAUGCGAAGCCGCAGACUGCGGAAUUUGGUCUUGCACAAGACUCCUAUAGUCAUGCAUCGUCGGCCGCCUCCAUAGAUGGAUCUGAAAUGAUUCCCUUGUCCGCGACCUCCACCGCCCGGCAGUCUCAACCGUCCACCGUUGGACCCGUUCACGACGACGUCGAUGCGCUAGCAGCAAAGUUCGCCCACUCAUCACUAGAUCUUAGCCUUCCGGCCGCAUCGUUCCAACGACUCGAAACCUCCACCAUGAGCCCCAAGGAUCGUGUCCGAAAUCAAGGUGUGAAUCGAAACAGCCGCGAGUCUGACGACACAACAAGCACCUCGCCGCAGCAGCAACCGUCCGCCGAGUCGUCAGCUUCAACAAGCGUGAGCUCCGUCUCCGGCGUCAACGAUAAUUCGGAGUACCCGCCGAAUGGUGACUCGCCGGGAAGUUCCAUCAUCGAGGGAAACUUACCCAGGAAUCUGUCUGUUCCACAGUUCCAGUACCACCACCAACAGCAAGAACAUCCUGCACGAGUUCCCAGCAGAGGAGCUGGCCAAAUUCCGCCAUCGUCGUCUUCUGAUCUCCCGGAAAAUGAGGGCCACAUCAGGCGUCACCUGACCCCCACAUCGGGAUACCUGCAAAGAAACUCUCUCCCUCGACCUCAGUCGUCAUAUUCGACUCUUUCGGAUUACAGCCCGCGCGGCAGAUCCCCCAACCUUCUGCCUGGCGGCUCUCACAUGCGCCCUCCUUCUGUCCAGUCUCGCAAGUCUCCCGAUGCUAGACCAUCGUCGUACGCAGAACUGCUCAAAGUCCCUUACCCCCAGCAGGCCCCCCCGUCCUUCUCACUGGAUAACUCGGAUCUUCGAACCGUCAUUGGAAACAAUGCGUCUCUUCUUAGCACCCAGAAAACACUGGACAUGUAUCGACAGAAUGUGAAGAAGACAACCUCUGCCUCGACCCAGUACUCUUUUGCCGUAUUUCUCAUCUCAACUGCACAGGAGCAAGGCGUGGAUGUGUCGAACCCCAAGGUCAAAAAGACCCCACAGCAGCCAUUGCGGGAUCUCGACAGCCCCAUCGUCGAGGGUUCUGUAACCAACCCUUACGACCUGGUUCGCGAGGCUCGCCAGAUCCUUCAGCGAUUGGCAAAUGGCGGGUAUCCUUUUGCCCAAUACUAUCUUGCCGAUGGCUACGCCUCUGGUCUCUUCAGCAAGGGGAAAGAAGACUACAACUCAGCCUUUCCGCUCUUUGUUCUCGCGGCUAAGCACGGCCACGCCGAAUCUGCCUACCGCACCGCUCUGUGCUAUGAGUUUGGGUGGGGGUGCCGGAAAGACCCCGUGAAGGCUGUUCAGUUUCUCCGGACUGCCGCCUCGAAACGCCAUCCGGGUGCCAUGACGCGCUUGGGCAAGGCAUGCCUUUCUGGUGAUUUGGGCGAGAAGCGAUACCGUGAAGGCAUCAAGUGGCUGAAGCUUGCCGCUGAGGCCGCUGAUUCCCAGUACAACGCUGCCCCUUAUCAACUUGGCUGCCUGUACGAGACUGGAUACGGUGAUGACAUUUUUGCAGAUGCGAGCUAUGCCGCCGAGCUAUUCACCCAGGCAGCAGACCUGGGUCACCCGGAGGCUAACUACCGAAUGGGUGAUGCUUACGAGCAUGGUCGACUGAAUUGUCCUCGCGAUCCUGCCCUAAGCGUGCACUUUUAUACCGGUGCUGCUGAACGUGGGCAUUCCGCUGCCAUGAUGGGCCUCUGCGCAUGGUACAUGGUUGGAGCUCCUCCGAUUUUGGAAAAGGAUCCAGAGGAAGCGUACGAAUGGGCGCGACGAUCUGCUGAGCUAGGUUUUGUCAAGGCGCAGUACGCCGUGGGGUACUUUACUGAAAUGGGCAUCGGCUGUCGACGGGACAUUCUCGAGGCCAAUGUCUGGUACGUGAAAGCCGCCUCGUCUGGUGACGAACGAGCCAAGCAGCGUAUUGCCGUCAUCGAAGCCGCUGUCAGCGGAGGAGGCACUCCCAUGGACGUUGCACCGCCGCGUGACAAGAAGAGUGGCAAAGACGACAAGGACUGUGUCAUCAUGUAG